AUGGGAGGGCUGGUCUUCAGGGAGGAUGGCCUGUCCACGCCGCGAAUGCCUCCAAAAGUUUACUACCAUGUCUCGUCGAACGUAAAUUCGUCGGAAUUCCUGUCGAAGGCAAGUCACGGAGACGUCGAUGUCGUGGUAGCUGAGCCGCUGAACAAGACUCAGACUUUCAGUCGGAUGGAUCUGUCUGCCAUCCUAGGAGCACAUAAAUCGAAGGGUUCGGGAAGCCGGUCAAUGUUCCAUUUUGCAGUGCCCUGGCCGGACCAAUUUCACAGCAUCAGCAGUGAUGAGGAGAGCCUGUAUCAGGACCAGGAAAUGGAGGAGGCGGAGGAUGCACUCAAUCCAAAUCCCGAACCCUGCACAGCGAAUUCCCCAGACCUUCAAGAGAUGUUCUGUCAGGUUGAUGUCCAGAUCUGCGACAACGAACAGUCGUUUAACUGGCACUUCUUCGUCGAGUCUCACGGUGAGAUAUGGACCAUGCUCGGUGGUAUCAUCCGACAUGCUGGUCUCACAUGUUCCAAGGGUCUCCAACUUCGCAUCAAGGAGAUUGAACCUUACAACAAGGCCCAGGCGCGAGUGAAGCUGACGGAUGAUCCCAAGCUGGUACUUGACUACCUAGGUCUCGACAUCCAGCGGUACGAGAAGCCCUUCAACAGCUGGGACGAGAUGAUGGCAUACGUCGCAACUUGUAGAUUCCAUGAUCCUGGACGUUGGAGAGACAGUCAACAGUGGGAGAAAGAACCAGACCAAGCAGAUCAAGACUCGAAAAGCGGUGAUGGCCACGAUACGCCAACCCCCCUCACGAAACGCAAACACAGAGACCGUGCACGAUUAAACAAACGGCCAGCCUUUCGCUACUGGAUUGAUACGUACUUGCCUGCCCGCGUAGACGACAAACCGGGUAAGGACGCGCAUCUCAGUCGCGACGAGGUCAUUGAGGAUGCGAAGGAGUACUUUGGCGAGGACUUCGGGAGAAGGUUUGAUGAGCGAAAAGCAAAAUGGACAAGACAGAUCAAGGUCGACCAACUGUGGAGUGACAUCAGGAAGUCCUUACCCAUCCAGGGAGCUCAAAUUGGACGUGUCAUGGUGCGCAUGAAGAGUGAUAUCGCGGGCGAUGGAGGUACAGUCACCGCUUCGCUCGUAGAGGUCAGGGAAGCGUUCCGAGAAGAGAGGUUCAGUGAUGUUUUGGCCUGGGCUACGGAACAUUGGGACGAGGUCAGGGACAGGCAGAAAAGGGUCGAAGUUGGGCAGUGA